CCCUAACACGAUAGCUUCAAAAGCGUAGGAUGUUGAGCAAUAGACUAUUAUCUUCACCUUGAUUCGCGAUGUUGUUGCGCUCACGACCACGCUCUGCAAGGCUUACAGUAUCAAGAUAACAGCGUUAUGCAUCUUCGCGAUGAUUGGUCUCGACCCCGCACUGUCACCUCAGCUGCUCUUCAGCUGAAGAGUUCCCUCAACUUCCAUCACAUCGCUUUGAAGACAUCUUCUCCUCGCAAGAAUCUAAACAAGUAUUGAAUCAUUGUGUUUGAAUCGCUCUUUCUGUGACAAUGGCGGACCCUCUUAGUAUUACUGCUUCUAUGAUAGGUAUUACUACAGCAGCUCUUCAGAGCGCUCAGUUUCUCGUCAAGACCAUCGAUAAUAUUAAAGAUGCGCCAGGCACUAUCAAAGAUCUCAGUGCCGACCUUCGGGUAGUUGAGUCUGUUUUGCAGGAGCUGAAUGCCAAUGUACAAGACGAUUCCUUACAGUUCAUUCGGAGCAGCCAAAUCGGGCCUGCUGUCGAGAACUGUGACAGAGCAUGCAAAGCAUUUCAGUCACAAGUCGAGCGCUGGAUGAAGCAUUCCAGAGAGGAUAGGAUAUUCUGGAUAUCCCGAUGGAAGAUUGGUUUGUUUGGGCCGGACAUGAUCAAGACCUUUAAAGGGCAGCUCAACGAUUGUAAAAGCACCCUCAACAUUGCCCUCACUACAGCGAACCUAUUGGUAGUAGCCAGCCAGAAGGAACUGGCGAAAGAGCAGAAAGAUAGUAUACUUGAAGCAACUGAGGCCGACCUUGAGCAAGAGCUCACCAGAGCAGGCAAAGAGAUAGUGGAGAUUGAGCAGAGUCUGCAACGACUCACAGUGGGCGGGAGUACCGAGCGAGAUGAGGUGUCCGAGCAGAGCAAGAAGGAGCUUCUCCGGGAGCUUGAAAGACAGCAAGCUGCUAAUACUGCAUUGCGCAACAUGUGCGAGGAAGCCCUCUCGCGAACAGUUUAUCAGCACACCGGGCAGAAGAUCAAGGGCAUCAAGGCAACAAAUGAUGGUAUAGCUCUGGCAGGAUUCAUUAACGUGCCUGGAGAAGAGUUGAAUACAAGUCAAGACAUUUCGGACGUAAGUGCUGAUAAUAGGGGUUUUGUUGUUGUUGGAGUUGCCAAUAAUGUAGACAUCAAGGACUUGCGUCCUCGGUAGAUAGGCAGGCACAUUGGGGUCGUGGGAAGGGCAAUAUUGGUGGAAAGGAAACAUAGAUAUGAAUGGACAAUUACCUUAGAAC